AUGGCUUUUGUAGAUCCAAAACCCAAACCCCUCGUGACGCUUACGACGGUGACGGCGAAUGGGAGUUCCACCUCGUCGAGUUCCAUCUUCGAGCCAACCUUCGAUGUUACCAGCAAGGAUCUCUACAAUUCCGAUUAUAUGAUUAUUCCCCUCGAUUUCACCGAUUUCGCAAGCUACGGCUGUGGGCAAUUGUUAGGAAGGGUUCUACUGAGGUCUUUGAAACUGAUCAAAAUACCCAAUACGGCGGAUGAUGAUUACGAUUACUUAUUUAAGGUUAUCCUGAUCGGUGACUCUGGUGUUGGAAAAUCCAACCUUUUGUCUAGAUUUAUAAGAAACGAGUUUAGCCUUGAAUCUAAGUCUACUAAGAGGGUUGAGUUUGCCACCCGUAACAUUCAUGUUGAUGAUAAGGUUGUUAAAGCUCAGAUUUGGGACACUGCUGGACUAGGAAGGUGAGAAGGGAAUGGUAGAUGAAGCUCAAAAAACAUUGAAUGAUGCUGAAGUACUUAAAAAGAUAUUUAAUUUUCUGAGUUUUUGCUCUUCUCUUUUCCUUGAAUGUUGUCUUAUAUUUGUUCUAUUUAUGUCUUCAUCCUUAUCUCUUUUAAGCAAAAAUAUAUAUAUAUAUAUAUAUUUACUUUUCAUUUUCUUUAUUUUUAGCUAUUAGAAAA